UGUCAUUUCGGGUCAAGUCAUCAAGGAUGGGCCAAAGUUAACAAUUGCUUAACACAAAAACUGUUUCCUGCUUGGUUUGAAUAUAUUUGUUUUAAACCUUUAGAGGGGACCCUUUUUCGUAUAAAUUGGUACUGGGUGACAAAAUUGACUAGUCAAGUGCGUGAAAACACGGCAAAAUGUACACCUUAAUUGUUAAGUGUUUGUUACUAUGCACCCUCUGCGUGAACGCGGUACCACAAUUUCGGGAAAAGUGCACUCUUGGUACCAAUAUCGACGAAUUUAUCAACUGCGUAUCGAUCCGGUCGCUCAAAGCUCUUGAUCAAGCACGACAGCGAGACAUUGUUUUGCUACCCGGAGUUGUUUUGAAACGCGACUCGGUGCAGCGAUCCGCCAAACAACUAAACUUCGAACUACCGCAAAACCUCACCGACAAAACUAAACUUCUGGACGCUCUGUAUUCAGCGUCCGCUCGUUUCAUUUCCGGACGAACUUUAAAAGUCGACCUUCCUUUGAAUAUUUCGUCCAAGAAUGUCGCCCGGACGUUUGAAGAAGGCCGCGCUAAAAUGAAGAAAAUGAUGGGAUCGCUGCUUCUGGGAUUCGGGACGCGGAUGAUGUCCAUGGUGCCCUUAAUGUUUGGCGGUCUUUUGUUCUUAACGACCAAAGCGCUGAUCGUUGGAAAAUUGGCGUUCAUCAUCUCUGCUCUACUUUUUAUUCAAAUGUUUUCUAACGGGAGAGGCCUUUUUUCCUACGGGGGGACGUACAACAUUCCGCCGACGUACGGAGUGCCCACUACUUAUGGUACUAAUUUUGGGACCAAUUUUGGGACUAAUACUUUGGGGGGAUGGGGCACGUCUGGGCAGUAUCCGUACGCUAGGUCUAUUGAUGUGGAGAGUGGUUCGAACGAAGGCACGGUUUAGAGAGGCGAUUAAAAU